AAGCAAAUGGGACAUUUCUUCAAGGAUGCGACGUUUGGCCUCCAUUUGCUCGCUGGUUCUGCUGCUGCUGACGAACCCCCACGCAUGUCAGUCACAAGGAAUCAAAUGUAUGGAGAAUGGAACCACAAUUCUCAGUCCAGGAUCAAUCUCUGGUCAUAUAGAGAGUAUCAAGUGGCUUCAAAACGAUGACAUCAUUGCAGACUCUUAUCGGGAUGAAAAAAGGUUCUUCCGUCAUUGUGAAGGUCGCUGUGACAUCAACACAGAAACUGGAAGUCUGACGAUCAACAGUUGGAGUCUGAUUGACUGUGGGAACUUCACUGUGAAGAUCAGGACAAAAACUGGAAAACUGGAUUUAUUUAAUCUCAAUGUGACAAACUGCGGCAAACACACAGUGAAGAUCAACAGCACAGACAUGAAGAACGUUCCAGACAUGAAGAACGUCGACAACAACUCAGAAGGGUGGAACACGGAGACUAUCAUCAUCAUCAUCAUCAUCAGCGUCUUCAUCAUUGCUGUUGCUCUUUCCUUUGCGAUUUAUUGUUGUUGUUGCAAACGCAGACAAAAUCCAGAACACCUGACAGGACGCAUUUGGAGGAGAGGCCUCAGCUGGCUCCGCCCAGCGAAGAGCAGCAUCGGAUCUACUCCGAUCUCCUUCCAGGUAACUGAACUUCUGACCUUAAAUCCAACGGAGCAUCCUGAGAGAACUCCUUCCAGAAACACACACGACUAG